AUGGCGGCAGCAGAUCUAAUGGCCGUCUUCUGCAACGUGGCGAUAUUUUACCUUUACGCUGCGAUUUUUCGGCACACACACACUAUUGCUUGCACCCUACAUUACGUGAUGGCCUAUGUGUCGCUGGACUGCUCAGUCUGGUUAACUGUCGCUUUUACAUUUGAUCGCUUUGUGGCCAUUUGUUGCCAGGACUUCAAGACCCGGUACUGCACGGUAAGAAUCGCCAGGGUGGCUAUAGCAACAGUGUAUGUUGUGAGUUUAAUACGGAACAUCCCCUACUACUUUGCAUUUUAUUCUUAUGAAAUAAACCAGCCCGUUGGAUGCAUGGAAAAGCCGGAAUAUUUUUCCCACCCUGGAUGGCUUGCUUUCGCUUGGAUUCACAACGUUUUAACCCCUCUGCUUCCGUUUUUCGUUAUUGUGUCGCUUAAUAUCGUGACGAUCAGAUCGAUCGUGGUUGCGAGCCGAGCCCGCAGGAAGCUCCGAGCUCACGUCAGUGGCGAAAAACAGGAGGACCCGGAAUUGGAGAGUCGAAGGAAAUCGAUCAUUUUACUCUUCUGUGUGUCCGGCAGUUUCAUCCUCCUGUGGCUGACGGACGUGAUUACCUUUAUUUAUACGCAUAUUGCCAACAUACACUAUAUCCCAAACUGGGCUCAUCCUUUGACGAUGGCAGCUGAAGCCGGGAACAUGCUUAAAAUUCUGAGUUCGUGCACGAACACUAUUAUAUAUGUGGUGACCCAGUCCAAGGGUGUCGUCCCUACAUGCCUCAAAACUACAACCAUCGUGCCCAAACAGUCAGCUUCAGGGAUUCUCAACGACUUCGGCCCAGUGGCACUGGCUCCCAUCAUGGCGAAGUGCUUCGAGAGACUGAUCCCGGAUCACCUCAAAUACAGCCUCCUUCCCACACUGAGCCCCCAUCAGUUUGCCUAUCGGUCCAACAGGGAGGCGGUAGAGGAGCCUCAGGUCUCUCACCAGCUGGCUAAUGAACAGUUAAUCCACAACACCAUUACCCGGCUGAACUCACGGGCCCGGAUCUAG